CCACUUCUCCUUCUCACUCACGGUGCGAAGUUGCAGCCGUGAAACGUUGUGUAAUAACGCGUGUUUUUUAACGUUAUCACGAGGAAAAGCUCCACGGCAGCUCCUCCACGGGAGGCGGGACACCGAUGUGGAAACACGAGCUGCUGCUUUCAGCUUUUUCGGACCGAGCUUCAUGAUUUUUUCCUCGGAUUUCGGCGGUUUCACGGUCGCUGGGCGGAGCGAUGGAUAAGCGGCGUGGCCGGCUCUGCAGCGCGGCGGGCCUGGAUCCUCUCCGCCACCAGAGCUGAGGACUCUGAGGACUCUGAGGACUCUGAGGGCCUGAAGCGACGUGUUGACCUGACCUUUGACCCCUGAGACUGUUUGUAGCAUCGUGUGGAUGCGGACCAUGAGGAGCACCAGGUCCAGCCUGCUGCUGGGCUGCGUGCUGCUCUGCUCCGCCUCGCUGCUCUACCUGGGCAUGAGCGGAGUGGAAUGCCCCCCGAAGAGCCACCGCUACCGCUGGAUGGAGCUCAACAUGGGCUCGGCCAAUCAGAGCCUCUCGCUGACCGAACACUUCCCCGAGGACACGCCCCUCAUCUUCAUCGGGGGCUUCCCCCGCAGCGGCACCACGCUGAUGCGCGUCAUGCUGGACGCCCACAACAGCGUGCGCUGCGGCGAGGAGACCCGCGUCAUCCCCCGCCUGCUCGCCAUGCGCGCCACCUGGAGCCGCUCGGUGAAGGAGCGCAUCCGGCUGGACGAGGCCGGCGUCACUGACCAGGUGCUGGACGCCGCCGUGAGGGCGUUCCUGCUGGAGGUGAUCGUGGGACACGGUGAGCCGGCUCCUCGUCUGUGCAACAAGGACCCGUUCGCCCUCAAGUCGCUCUCGUAUCUGUCCCGAAUCUUCCCCAAAGCCAAAUUCGUGCUCAUGCUACGAGACGGCCGGGCGACCGUCCACUCCAUGAUAUCACGCAAGGUGACCAUCUCCGGCUUCGACCUGACCAGCUACCGCGACUGCCUGACCAAGUGGAGCAGCGCGGUGGAGACCAUGUUCGGCCAGUGCCAGGCGGCGGGGGAGUCGCGCUGCCUGGCCGUGCGCUACGAGCAGCUGGUGCUGCACGCCGAGGGCGAGAUGAGGCGGCUGCUUCGCUUCCUGGAGCUGCAGUGGGACGCGGCGGUGCUGCACCACGAGGAGCUCAUCGGGAAGGCCGGCGGCGUGUCGCUGUCCAAGGUGGAGCGCUCCACUGACCAGGUGAUGAAGCCGGUGAACACCGACGCUCUCUCUAAGUGGGUCGGACACAUUCCCUCCGACGUGAUCAGCGACAUGGCGGAGAUCGCCCCGAUGCUGGCUCGCCUCGGCUACGACCCGCACGCCAACCCGCCCGACUACACCAGGACGGAGCACAUGGUGGCGCUGUUCAACUACUCACAGAGUGUGAAAGCAGCAGAGACUCCUCACCCCAGUUAGAAACCUGAAACAGACUUCCAGUUAAUUCCACGUCCCCGGAGCGUUUUCUAAGUGUCACAUGUGUGUUUUUGGACUGUUGGUAAAGACGAUGUGGACUCUGGAGCCUCUCACCUCCGACCUGGAAGCAUUUCAACGCGUCUGUCAGUUUGUUCUGAUCCACUAAUGUGAACGAGCCGUCUCAUGUCUCCAUGAAGCAUAACCACGACUGUAUAUUUUUGAAGACGUAUGUUUAUUUUCUUAAUAAAUUAUUUUGGUGUGGAACAUUCAUUCAGGAAACUGUUUAUUCUGAAUCGAGGGCUUUUUAAAAAAUAAAAAAAAAUGUUGUAUAUUGUUGAUCAUGAAUAAAAAGAGUCUAAAUGUUAAA